CUGUCGCACCUUUCGCCGACAGUGCGGUGUCUCGCGCUGUCAUUAGAUAACUUUUCACAUGUGAUUGCCGUGUAUCGGUUUGCGGUGUCUCCUCUGGUUCCGCGCGGGCAUCCGGUAGUGCUACAAAACGAAACUUCCCAAAUAUUGAAUUUCGAUUGAUGAGUAUAUAAGAAUAUUAAUAGUGGAAAACAAGUGUUAACAUUUCUUGGCAAAAUCUAGAAGCCGAAAAUAAUUGCACGUGAACUCGGACGUCAUUCGCAACUGGGGCUGCUGCUUCAGCAGAUUUGCGAUUUGCUGUUGCUGGUGGUGUGGGAGAUCAAGUGAUUAGUGUCUUUUUCUGUGUCGAAGAAUGUGGAGAAGAUUAUUGAAAUAUCCAAUACUAUUGUGCAGAAGAAAUGAUUGAUUAAAUGAUUAAAUCCGCAAUGCAUACAGCAGGUGAUGUCCUGUAGAGGUGCUGAGAAAGUUUAGUGAAUGUAAACCAAGGCACACACCCGUAGUUAAACCCUAAAGCAAAGAAAAAAAAAACCGAGAACGGUCUCGGUUCUGGAGAAGAACCUCCCAGAACCGAGAUAUUUUACGUUGUAACAACCUGUAACUGGUUAGGAAUUUAUCGUGGAAGUGAAUUUAUAAUAUAUAUUAGCUUAUAAAUUGUACAUACUGCCUAGAUAAUGGAAUUUAAAAUACUUAAUGUAUCUGCUGUACGGACGCUUCCGACGGUGUCCCAAUUUACUACCGUAGGCCGCGGCCAUGUGUACGGUGCAAGCUUCGAAACUUUUCCCGGAGAAAAAUUUAUUCGUGGCCUGCCGUACAGAAUACCGGCGGUCAGUCACCACUACGGUAAUGCAUUUGCACCGGAUGGCGAUGAAGAAGAGGACACAGAGGAGGAAGCAUGUACUCAGCAGUUGAUACUGCAACAGCAAUUCGGUGACGCAGGCGAUGACGAGUACUACUAUGAGGAGGAGGGAGAGGUGGAUGUCGAAAUGUCACCGGCAGUUGAGGUGAUUUCUAUCGAUCCAAACUGUGAUUACGAUUCGGAGGAAGGAAGUGACAGUGAUCGAGGGCAGAAAUCAACAGUCAACCAGCGGGGAUUUGUAAUAGAACACUCAUUAGACCAAUCGUCCGUUGCGGGGGAAACAGUCGUUGAGGAUGUCCACGCUCACGAUGAUGUAGAAACAGCAUUAAUAAAAGCUUUGGAGAGUGGCGACAUAGAACCGGAACUAGAAAAUCUCCAUCGUGACUCAGAUGGGGAGGACUCCGAUGCUAGUAGUAGUUCAGACAGCACUUCUACUACUAGUAGUUUAAGUGAUAGUAGCGAUAGUAGCAGUGAUAGUAGUAGGAGUAGUAGUGAUAGUGGUAGCAAUGGCAGUAGUAGAAGCAACCGGAAGAGCGUGUCCAUAUCUACGGUACGUAGUUCUUUGGACGUUCGCCAUGGUAACCAAGAAGAUGGAAGUGUAAAACAGAACGAAAAUUUACAGCGCAUAUUGGAACGCCGCAAACUGAUGCUUAAAGAACGUGUGAAACGAAGAAACAGUACCAACAGGAAGUCGUUUUCUUUGCCGCACUCUCCAAUCAGACCGGUUGAUAGUAUCGGGUGGCCACACGAUGUUACCAGCCUAAGCUUCGAAGACUUUGACAUGUCGGCAAUCGUCAAAGAUCUUAGUCCGUUGAAGGUUCCAGUGCAUGGCUGCGUGUCCGAUGACAAGCUUAUAGAAGAGAUGGCUAAGAACAAUUAUGAUUUGGCGUCUUACAUCACGGAGAGUAAUCCAUCUCCCGUAAAACCAGUGAGUCCACCGAAAAGUUCCCAAAAAAAGCAAAAAUCACGUGGGAAACAAAUUAAAACGCUACGGGAAUUGAUGAUUUCGCCAAAACCUAGUACAUGUGAUUUGGGUGCUGCACGCCGAAGCUGUACAAGUAAGGCUAGACGGAUCGUGGAAAACAGUGACUCUGAAACGGAACAAUCUGAAGUAGAAGAGGAUAGUAAAGAUCGAGGUAAAAUUUUCGGAAUAGAACAGCUACCUAGUAAAUCAAAGCGCAAGGAAGACGAUAUUAAGGCUGAUCCCACAUGGAAUCCGGGUUGCAUAGGCUCUGGAAAACCAGUUCAGCGUACUACAGUUCACGCUCCUAAAAUUACAGCAUUACCCACAUCUGCUACCGUUGAUGAUGCACUACCAACUAAAUUGGAUACAAUUGAUUCCAAACCACAAUCUAUUCCAGUGAAGUCAAGUGAAAGCACAAAACAGGUCAGUUCUUCAAAUAAUAAAAUUAAAACGCUAAGCGCUGGUUCGCAAUUAGCGCGUAAUAAGGUGCUAUCGCUGAUGUCCAAAGGCAAGCUACUGAAGCGCCCUGUUAAUCAGAAAGCUAUCAGUGGUAUCAAAACAAAAUCAAACCAUAGCAGUAAAACUGAAAUCCCCCGUUCGAUAGAACACACAACAAAGAAGCCUCAAAUUACUUCCAACGUUAAACUUGAUCAUGACUAUUGCUCACCAAAGAGAAAAUCUACCGCGAGUUCGUCAGCUUCCGGCGCCUCUCAAAGAAAGGCAAUUGAGAUUCCCUUUUUGCUUCCUACCAUAGACCAGCUGAAGCAGAAGAAAAUUCAAUCAAAAAGCCUCAACAAACAGUCCCAAAAAGUGGACAAAAAAAGCAAACAAACGGGUAAAAACUGUGAUAAGAGUUGUCAGAGCACGGAAACUGUUGAUAAGUGUCCUGUGGUUAAAUCCGAACAGAUCGCAGAGAAAGUACCGGAUCACACAAAUGCGUUGAAACCUCAAACAGUACCGCUAAACCCGCCCAAGCAAGUUUCUCUAUUGAAGGUCAAUCAGAACAAAGGUAACGUAGAGCAGAAUAGCGAAUCAACAAACCUGCCACUCGCCGAGAAUGUAAAACCAGAUACUUUUCCAAUUAACGUACAACCAACUAGCACCAAAACUGAAACUCCUGUUAAAACAAAAAAGAAAUUGAAUCUUCAAGAAUACAAAAAGAGACGCGAGAUUCCAACGGAGGAAAGCGUGCUCCCAGCAGUCGUCCCGGCUGGAAGUAGUUCAACCAUUAGCAGCAGCAGUUGUGUAUCAACCAUUAGUAUAUCCUCAAGUAAUGAAGAACUUCGAUUAACAAUGGAUCUUCUGGGUGGAACCGACGAACAGCAGUCAGUGCAUAUGACCGCUCGCAACCUAGCACCUCUGGAUCCGAUUUCGGCAGCCAAACUUAAAGCGCUUCGUAUGCAACAACUCAAAAAAGAAGCAGCCAUCAAAUCGACCGAGGCAAAAAUCAUUCCAAAGACUGUCCCCACCAUAGUUCCUCUUGCAGAGAUUACGUCAAUAAAAUUCGACGACCACGGGAAUCCAAUUCACUACGACAAAAAUGCACAGCAAAGUAAGACGGAAGCAAAAUGGCACGAAGAUUAUGAAGAAAUCAUCAUCGUCUCGAUGGGAUGCAACACGGAUCUCACAAUUGAUCCAAGGAAAACGAAACAGGAAACGGUUAGAAUAAAAAAUGCUUCAACCGAACUGCCAGAGAAGAGCAUAGCUAAAAGCGAACUUCUCUCCAACAUUACAGACACAAUCAAACGUUGCCAAUCAUCCGGGCCGACUAUCAUUUCCAGCAGCUCGCUAAUUUCAAGCAUCCAUGAAAUGGUGAUCAAGAAGAAAUCUUCCGACAAGUUGACAAUCGGCGGUGGACAAGCUAACCUGCAGGGUUCACCGAACAUCGGUGGUUCACCGACGAAUUCAUUUUCUCCCGGCAAACCGGAGAAAGCGGGUGGCUCGUACGAUCAAAAGUCUCCCUCAUUUGAUUAUGACGAAACCCAACUUCGGCAAACAGUACCGACAGCAAAGCAGAAACCGAUCGAACAUGGUGAGGAUAAAAUCAUCAUGCAUUUACGCAAAGAUCGGCAACGAGUUCAGGGUGUAUCCGUAGCAAUUCAAACUCUUCCGUUGGAGCAAUUUUCUGAGUUGAAGACACUAUCUCCACUCAAGCACCAGGAAAGGCAACGAACCACGUCCCGUAAUAGCUGUGGAUCGAUACGACGUAGUCGUAGUCGGCAGCCGGACGAGCGGGAUCGCUCACGUCGAGUUUACCGCCGACGACGCAGUAGAAGUUCUUCCUGUGAAACAGAAAUUCGUAACAGAUCAGUUAAUUCAUACCGCAACGAAAGCAAACACUGCUCAUCCAGGCGAAGCCGAAGUCGGUGUAGCAGCGCAUGGCGAAAGUCUCGAUCGUGUUCCAGAUCCAGGUACUGCUCCAAACGCAGCCGCAGUCGAUCGUAUCGUUGCCGUGAGAGUGUUUCUUCGGAAAGACAUUCUCGUCACCGCAGACGCGAUCGUUGCCGUAGGGACCGGAAAGGAAGGCGACAGACUUCUCGAAGUGAUUCGUCAAGUUUCUCGGACAGUAGUCGAUCUUCGUAUUCUCGUUCGAGGUCUCGUUCGACUCGCUCGCGAUCAUCUUCGCGGUCUUGCUCAAGAGUAAGAGCAAUGCAGCAACAACGUAAUGAGUACCGACGACCGGCGGCGGUGUCCCCAGAACGAAAAAUUGUUUAUGUGGGUCGGCUAGAGCCUGAGUUGAAGCGAGAUGAUUUAAAACGGAAGUUCAUGCAAUUUGGGCGCAUUAAGCAAGUCACUGUUCAUUAUAAGGAAUCUGGGGCAAAAUAUGGAUUUGUAACAUUUGAAAAGCCUCAGGAUGCCUACAAAGCCAUAGACGCUAGCGGGUCCAACCCAAAUUUGUGUGGUUACGAUGUCAGCUUUGGCGGGCGCCGUGCGUUCUGUCGGACAGAAUACGCUGAUCUGGAUGGCGAUUUGUCCCUGGACCAGGAACCAAUUCCAUAUCUAGCGCCGGAUGGCUCAUUACUGCUGACACCCAAUCCGCUCAGUGUUCUACCACGUAAAGACGAACCAGAAACGUUCGAAGAUAUGUUGAAAAAGUUGAAGAAGGAGAUCAGCGCUAAGAAACCGCGCAAAUCAUGACCGCUGUGCCAAACUCAGAAAAACCUUUCGUGUGCAUUUUUGGCAUGCUUUAUUGCCCUGCUGGUGAAUUUUCCUGGUCGUAAGUUUGUCUUUCUCUCGAAUUGUAAUAUUCAACGGGUAAACUUCGCUAGACGUCGAGAGAAAACUAAUGAAUUUCUGCAGGUUGCUAGUUCUAUGAAUUUAAGCCGAUUUGGUACAUUUUUCUUUUCUUUAUACGUGCAGUCUGUGCACGAAUUUUUUAUUGUUCAUUAUGUUUUAAAAUUUUUUAAUGGCCUCUGCGAAUUUGGUACAGCAAGAAUGGUUAUUUUUCUGCUGCACACUGUGUCACUAUGUAUCGCCGCCAACAAUGGUUUAAACAAAUAAUAAUCAUUAAAAAAUUAAACUGUCGAUGAAAGUUUUGCUCUUUUAAAUGAAGUUUACAAACAUUUGUGAUUCUUCUGAUAUUUUAAACAAGUCAGGAUAUAAAACGACUUCGAAAUUUAGGCUAUGGAAACUGUUUCCUAAGCAAAGCCAUGCGAUUUGCAUGUAGAUGACAUUUGUCAAUAAAAAGCUGAGCUAUUGAGAAUGUCCCGCUCUUAGUUUUAAGUAUCCUUGAUCGAAAAUUGGAACAACCUCUUUCUUCUAGAUGGUGUUUUUAAAUUUUAAAAAGUAAGGCGGUGCAAAUGAUUAUUUAUUAUUGUUUGUUUGUGAAACAUUCGUGAGAAAUUGAAAAGCGAAAAAUACAUAACCACAUCAAUUAUCCAGUUUUAUGAUAGAGCCAACUAAUUUUUAUCAUUUAGGCUCAUCCGUUAAAGUCAAUAAAGAGUUGGUUGAUUUUUUACAACGAUCUUUUACCUAAUUUAAAAUCAUUUGUUAGUUCUCAAUAAAAACGUUAUGUUACCUGUGAAAGGAUGAAAUGAUAGCUUGAAUAUACGUUUUUUCUAGAUGUAUGUGUCAGGUAUAUAAUAUUUCGGUUUACGUUUUUUAUCUUAUCCGUUUCAAUCAAUCCGCAUCGAUACAUUAAAUAGGUACUUUAUUUGAAUUAUUUAGUUACAUCAAUGUUUUACAUUCUCCAACGAAUGGAUGGCAGAUUUGUCUGUUUAUUUUGUAUCGAUAUUAUGCUAACCCUUAACAAGUGAAAAGGUAGAACAGUGUUAUAAUUUACGUGGAAAAAAAAUGCAAAAAAAUGAUAAAAAUUAAAAAAUCUGUGAUUUUUCAAAACCUAGAAACAGUUCACGAAGCGGUUAUUUUCAAGAUAGAAAACUAAUUACGUUCACUUCCACGAUUAUAGAUUCUAAGUUUAGUUCUUUAUGGUUUUGUUCGUCAGUGAGUUGACAGUGCAUACCGAAUGGAUCUAGAUAGGAGUUUUUUGGCAAUUGAUAGUUAGGUCGUUAUAUUUUCAAUAUUUUGACUUGAAUUUGUUUCAGCAAUAGAUUAGUCGUUUAAUUUUGCUUAUACAUAGCUCUUUUACGAAUAAAAAGUACGGUCUGAUUUAUUGUUGAAAUACA